AUGGUGCAGGACCUCCCCGAGGCCGAUCAACCGGAAGGCUGCGGAACAGCGGCUGGUGAAGGUAUGCAUCAGCCAUCAAUUGAUUUGAGAAUAUCCCAGUCAUCUACCCACUAUAUAGCUCAAUUCUCAUCGUCAGAUAUGCCCGGUAACGAUGACGCAAGAAAUCUGCGGCCAUUCGUCUUGCUAAUUAUGUUUCUAUGUGAGGAGGGUGAAUUGAGCAACUUUUUAAAGCUAUUAACAAUGUACUCAAAUGGAUUCCCUCCAGCACCACACAGAAGGAAAGACUGUACUCUACCAGAGGCUUUUGAUAACUACGACAAAUGCUUCACCGAUUUUUUCCAAAAAUUUAUAGCCUCCAACUAUCGACACAAGUAUGCGAUAAAUCCAUGCGAUAGGCUUCAUCAAGUGUACCGAGAGUGUGUGGAAGAGAAACUUGCAACCAAUAGACCUUUUGAAAUCGACAUUGCUGAAGUGCAGAAAGAUUUCUUGAAUACCGAUGGUGAUAAAUUACGGGAUAGUCAGGAAGAGAACCUUCAAUCUAAUUUACCACAUCCUCAAAUUAUUUCCGAUUCUGGGGAGUCACGGUUCAACCAGUUGGAACGAACCUUAGAACAGUUCCAGGAGAACGCCCGUCACUUGGGUGUGAUUGCAACCGAUUUUGGAGCGAGAAGUCAGGAGCCCUUCAAUCAGAAAAUCCACACCUUAGUAUCAGGGCUACAGGAAUUGGAUCAAAUGCGAAGCCAAUUCAUGGACGUGAAAGUCCCGUUGGAACUUCUCGAUGUGUUAGAUCAAGGGAAAAACCCGCAACUGUACACAAAGGAGGUUCUGGAAAGGACGCUGUUGAAAAAUAAAGAGGUCAACGCUGUCAUGUCCAUUGGGGCCAAUGCCGUUUUCCGGCCCCAAAAUAGUGUCUCAGCGGCCCUGAUUCGUUUUGUCCCCAACUUUGUUGCACUACGAUUAAGCUGGACGCAUAACUCGUUGCGAAGCGAAGGCGUCGAGCAAUUUGUGGAUGAGUUUCUUCCAAUAAUAAGGGAAAACAAUCCACAAAUCAAGUACUUUCCUACACAGAACCUACACGGAAUGUACACCUGGCUCCGAAAUCGCAAAAAACGGGCAUCAUGGAGAUCGAAGCAUCAAGUCCUUUCGAUGAUAGAAGAAAUGUCUGUAGGAGGCGAUUAUCGUCCAGGAAUGAAACGUGGCGUAAACAGACGGCUUCCACGUGGUCAGGAAUUGUGGGAUACGGAGACACUUGGGCAUGAUGUUUUCAAGGUGUAUAGUAAGUGGAAGGCUGAUGAAGAGGAUUUGGACAUGCCCACAUCACAGAAGCAUCCUCAUUUUGUAUAUAGGAAAUACUAA